UACUUCACGUUGUCAUCCGGGAGAACCGAGCAACUGGCUCGCGCGGUAAUGUCCAGAUGCGAUACAGCUCUUGUCAAAUUGAUGUAUAAAAAAAAUGUUUUCGAAUGUUUGCUAAUCCUAACUCUUUUCCUAACCUUUAACCAUAAUCUCCAAACCUACUUUAAUGCUCCUAACAUACUGCGUAAAUGAUCCUGAACCUGCUACGGCUCAACUCUAACGCAAUCAACGCUAAUCAUGAAUAUAAUCCCAUCAAUCACACAACAGUUUCUAACUACAUACUGUACUGUCAUUUGAGACAAGCCUUAUCACAACUGAUUCGUUCAAAAAAGGUGAGGUACUGACCAAUCAUUAAACAAAUCUAUUUGAAACGGGGCGGGAGGAGGCUUUGUGAAGGUCCAUUUCGUGUCCAUUUCGCGCGAAAGUGUGUUGAUGUUCUGGUCAUAGAGACUUUGAUCAAGCCUGCAUAUAUACCUCGAUGGCUGAAGCUGCUGAGUUUGAAUUUUAUCGUUCGUCUUUCCUGACCAGAAGAGAAUUGUGUGGUUCUAGAUUUGACAUCAUUAUGUCUCAGGCGCGGGUCACCGAUUUUUACGUCCAGAGAAAGAAAGAUGCUAGUGGGGCUGCGCAUGGUGAUGGCAAUUUAACCCAAAUUGUGGACACUGUAACAAGUCAUCCCAGCACAAUAUCAACUCGGUCGAAAAGCAAGAAUGCAGCAUCUACAACAAAUGUUGAAAACAGUGUACAAGAGGAGUUUUGGAGGGUUAUUGACGAGGCGACUUCGGUCAAUAAGGUGGAGAGCGUGUCUCCUGUGCUGGCGAGGACUAACUCGGAAAAACAAACCCUUUUCUCCAGCCCUCGUACUCCCAAGAGGACUUCUACAGAUGCUGAGUUCGAUCUUGGAUCAGCUGUAUUUUCAGCCACUGCUGACCAUAAAAUCGCAAAGAAGCGUCUUCGGAUCGAGGCAAGAAAACAUGGCAUCGCUGCAGGGACAAGUCCUGGGCCGGUUAAAGUUGUGAAGAAGGAGGUCAGGAAGAAAUUGAUUCUCUUCGAAGAUGACGAAAAGGCAACCCAGCCUCUGGCUAAAGAUGUCCUGCAGGUACCCUAUUCACUACCUGUUGAUAAAGAAUCAAAGAAUUUAGUCAAUUGCAGUGCCAACCAUUCUCCAACGGGCAAACCACAUGUUCAGGGCAGCUCAAAACCAAAAGAGGGGCACAAGACUUUCUCCAAAGAGGAUGUUGUAGCACUCAAGUUCCAACUUCAGAAGAUCAAGGACCAGACACGGAAAGCUGAGAACCUGCCCUCUACGGCCACAGGGUCUACUGCCCCAGACCUGAAGACAAAGCUAGCCCGUGUCAAAGAGCUUGCUGCUAAGGCACAACAUCGGAAGGCGGAGAGGUUGGCAGAGGCCAGAUCUACUGAGGACAAUAAUUGCCCAAUAACCGAGGAUGGAGAUAAGCUCCCAGCCUAUCAGCGGUACCAUACUCUUGCCCAGGAUACUCCCCCUGGCCUCACCCUGCCCUUCAAGUACAAAAUGCUUGCUGGAAUGUUCCGUAGCAUGGACACCAUAGUGGGAAUGCUUUUCAACCGCUCAGAGACUGUUACCUUUGCCAAAGUGAAGCAGGGUGUCCAGGACAUGAUGCACAAGCGUUUUGAAGAGACCCAUGUGGGCCAGAUUAAGACGGUCUAUCCUACUGCCUACCAUUUCCGUCAGGAGAGAAACAUUCCUACCUUCAGUGCUACAGUGAAGAAGUCUAGCUACCAGCUCACAGUGGAGCCUGUCAUUGAAGCUGAUAAGAGCAAGGCAGUGCUGGCUGCUUCCCGCCUGUUAGAGAGGCGACGUAUCUUCCACCAAAACCUAAUCAACAUUGUGAAAGGGCAUCAUAAGGCGUUCCUUGCCAAGUUGAAUCCUCCUAUUAGAGUCCCAGAUGACAAGCUUACUCGCUGGCACCCUCGCUUCAAUGUGGAUGAGGUGCCCAAUGUCCUGCCCGGUGAGCUACCCCAGCCUCCACGGGGAGCUGAGAAGCUAAGCACUGCCCAGGAGGUUCUGGACAAGGCCCGCUCCAUGAUGACCCCCAAGGUGGAGAAAGCACUGGCCAACAUGGUUCUGAAGACCGCAGAGAUGGUCUGUGUAAAAGAGCAAGAGCCUGUUCCACAAACUCCCGUAGCUCCUGCUGAAACUAACAGUGCCCUCAAAGGAGUGUCUCAGUCCCUGCUGGAGAGGGUAGGUCACCUUCCUGUUUGACUUAGGACACAUAAAUGUGUGUAUGUAGUACU